UAUUGUCUGUUUCACUACAUUUGUCCAUUAGGACUUUCAAAAAUGUUAGCAACCUGCUAACAAAACCUCUGACAGGAACUGGUAUUGUGAAAAUUUUUAUGUAAGCUGAUAAUUGUGGUCGCAGCUAAGCUUGAAUUGAAGGAGGAACUUAAGUUGUUUUUGUCGACUCCAUCUUCAUUUUGCAAGCAAAGCCUCAGAGGAGAGAAGGGCUGAAUUGACUUGGAUCUGGAAGACAAAAUGAAUCGAUCUUACUGCACUAAACCUGAUAAGAAAUUAUUUGAACAUACAAUCCUGCCUGGUCUCUACAUCUUGGUAUUUGUUAUUGGACUGGUCCUGAAUGUAUGGGGAAUGAAGUCUUUGCUGCACAACUGGAAGAAACUUUGGAGUAUCAACAUUCUUGUUCUUAACCUUGGACUAGCAGACAUGCUGUAUCUGCUGACUCACCCCUUUCUCAUCGUGUACUACCUUAAAGGAAACAAAUGGAUCUUUGGAGACAGAUUCUGCAAGGUAAUAAGAUUCUGCUUCAACCUGAAUUUAUACGGCAGUAUCGGAUUCCUCACCUGUAUAAGUGUGUACCGGUACCUGUCUGUUGUCCAUCCAACGAGAGUGAUGGGGAGAUUAACUACGACUCACUCUGUGAUCAUCUCAGCAAUUAUUUGGAUUCUGGUGAGUGCUCAAAGUCUUCCAGACAUGUUCUAUCCAAAAACAUAUCCAAACGGAUCAAAAUGCUUUGACAGCACCUCUUAUGAACAUUUUGAGAGUUACCUGGAUUACACCAUCGCAUGGACAUUCUUUGGAUUCUGCAUCCCUUUUGUCACUAUUAUAGGCUGCUAUGGACAUGUGACUUUUGUUAUCUGCCGCUCAAAUAUGAUGAAAAAAGACCAGAAACGACAAAUCUUGAAAUUGAUGGCUCUACUGAUUCUUCUGUUCUCGCUUUGUUAUGCACCCUACCAUAUUUUCAAGAACCUCAGCCUGUAUUCCAGACUUCUGCGCAAGCAGGGAGCAUGCCCCAAAUGGGAUUCUGGAGUUUUUAUUGCCCGUCAGGCAAGCCGUGGUCUAGUGAGCCUGCACAAUGCUCUUAACCCGCUGGUUUACCUGUGUCUAUAUGAGGAAAUGGUUUCUCAGUUCAAGCAGUUGCUGCAUGGAGGUCACCAGAUUCUCAGUCGUCGUUUCAAGUCAAAAUCCAGCUCUGUGCCGGUACCACAGACUGAGAAAGAAUCUGAAAGUGAUUUAUGAUAGCAGGUAGUGUUUUGUCAUGAGUAAAAUUGUAACAAAUAAUGUGAUGUUGUCUAGGUAACUUGAGAUCAUCCCAUUUCCCCGUGCUGGACAUUUUGGUUUAACAGUAACAAUACAUGAAAUUGUCUGUAAAUUAAUCAUACAAAGUAACAUCUAGACCAAACUGUAGAAUCAAACUUCAGUAAGAUCAAUAUGGUUGUGCUUUUCUGUUUUAUUUCAUGCAAAUUUUGCUUUAAUUCUAUUUCAUUUUGUAUUUAAUCAUAAAAAGUCAUAAUCAUAGGCAAAGAGAGUGCUGUCUAGCCAUGAAAAAGGAACAACAGAUUUCCUGAAAAAAUAGGAAGUAAGUUUACAGCCUGCAGAAAGUUUUAAAGAAUGAAUUGUAAACACUUUAAGUGAUUGAAUAAGACCCGAUGCAAAAUACUUGUAUUGAUGUUUUGAUUCUGAAUUAGAGAAACUAAAGAGUUUAUGGAUGUGAUUUUGACAAUGAACUUGAAAUGAUGUAAAUUAUGUAACUGCAAUCAAAGAUCACUGAUGUGUGUUGGAGGCAGAUACUAUGUGAAAGGUUAGGAAACGGAGAAUCAGUAAUAAUCAUGUUUAAUGUGUUUGUGAAUCAGAAAUGACGUGUAACCUCAGUAAAGUUGAUCAGAGUUUAACACUGGUUGCUGACAUGUAGUGUCUCAGAGGUGAGAUGGUGCUGAUCAGGAAGCAGAUGAAUGACCCAAAAGAAGAACUGAAACUGCUGAACAGAAGAUAGUUUGUGUCAUGGAGUGGACCCAAACUCAGCAGGCAGUAGACGUAGUAUAUCGUGGAUAUUUUAAUGAAGAAAAUCAAUUAACAAAAUUCAAAAUCCAGGGGUACAAGGAAAUCCAAAACAAAAAUAAACUGGAGGCACGAGGGUAACAAGGGUAAUGACAAGUAGAGUGACAAGCAAAGUGAUGAGACGGACUGGUAAGUUGUGACUGAGAUAGAGGAGCUUUAAUACUGGGAGGUAGCAAAUGGACCGAUGGACCUAUCUAGAUGAGCUAACUGAUUGCAGGUGUGAGUAGUUGGGACAGGAGCUAGCUAAGGAGCAGGGGAAUGGUGGCACAGGGAGACAAGUAGAUAUUCUGGGGAAUACAAAAGGGAUGAAACACAAGGGAGCUGAAAGUACUUCUAAUACUAAAGAAAUACUAAGACUUAAGAAAACCUGAUAAACUAGAAGAGAAAAAGACAUGAGGGAAUACAUAAACAAACCUAAACAGAAACAAGGCUCAUCUAACAAUAAGAACUCAGGAACAUAGAGCUAGAUUAACUAGAAGGACUAAACAAAGAAAUAAUCUAACUAGAAUUGCUAAAGAUAGAUGGGCAUAUAUUCAGACAAAAAGACUAAUUUAAAGUGAUAGCAUAAGAAAACUACAAAUACUACGGGGGGAACUAGAAGGACUUAAUAACUUAACUGGAACCGCUAAAGAAAGGUAUGCCUAGACUCAGACAUGUAAGAAUAACUGAACCUAGAGUGAUGAAAUAACUAAGGAAGAAACAUUACUAGAAACUACAGGGGGCCUGAAAUAAGGAAAAUUCAAGACAAUUCUAACCACAACAAAUAACCUCAAAUAACAAAAAUAAAAUGACUGUGAAGGGCUAAUGUAAAGGGAACUAAAACAUAAGAUGAAAAAGCAAAACCAAACCCAAAACCCAGAGUCCUGGCAGUUUAUAGGCUAAAGGAUGGAGUGUGACCCUUGAGCAGGCCCGGGGACAAGAAUACUGACGUGACAUGAUGUCUUCAAAGCAAAGAUGGAUCUGAGGUAAUCUAUUCAAGCAGACAGCCAGUGUAAAAAGCCAGACUGUGACAUGAGAGUGCCCUUUGAGCAUUGUCAGGAUGCUUAAAAGUCUGCCGCAAAAGGAGAGAAGGAAUUUUUUUUCUUUUCGUAAGGUCCUCUUUGACAACUAGACGGAUCAACUACACCUUGGGUCUAUGUGGAAGAGACCCAGAAGCUACUGGACUGCAGUGGAGACCUGUACGCGCCUGAGGAAAUUCCCCCAAGUUCCAACCCCAGCAGCUUGAUUCAGGACUCUUCCAGCAUCCGGGCCUGCAGGCCUCAACUCCCCAGUGACCGUGUCCCCCUCGCUCUACCGGGACUGAUCCUAUGCCAACGGACUGAGCUGAAGUUUGUGGUUCUGUACUACGUCUCGCAAAUUCUUCUCCAACCCAUAAUUAAAUGAGCAUAUGAAGG